CAGGCGGGAGCUGGGUGGCCGGAUUAGGCACUCCAAGAGCUGCGUGGAGAACUCCUCUCUCCAGCUCUCACUUUCCUUUCGUCACAAGCCCCCAGAGGAGGCCGGGAUGUUCGUCCUGGUGGAGAUGGUGGACACGGUGCGGAUUCCCCCGUGGCAGUUUGACAGGAAGCUCAACGACUCCAUCGCCGAGGAGCUGAACAAGAAAUUGGCCAACAAGGUUGUGUACAACGUGGGACUCUGCAUCUGCCUGUUCGACAUCACCAGGCUAGAGGACUCCUAUGUGUUUCCAGGGGAUGGUGCGUCCCACACCAAAGUCCACUUCCGCUACGUGGUGUUCCACCCAUUCCUGGAUGAGAUUCUCAUCGGGAAGAUCAAGGGCUGCAGCCCAGAGGGGGUGCACGUCUCCCUAGGGUUCUUCGAUGACAUUCUUAUCCCCCCGGAGUCCUUGCAGCAACCAGCUAAGUUCGAUGAGGCGGAGCAGGUGUGGGUGUGGGAGUAUGAGACAGAGGAGGGCGCACACGACCUGUACAUGGACACAGGCGAGGAGAUCCGCUUCCGGGUGGUGGACGAGAGCUUCGUGGACACCUCACCCACAGGGCCCAGGUCAGCUGAGGCUGCCACCAGCGAGGAGCAGCCCAGGAAGGAGGCACCGUACUCGCUCGUGGGAUCCAUCAUUGAGCCUGGGCUGGGCCUCCUCUCCUGGUGGACCAACAGCUAGCCUGCCCGGGCUCCACAGUGACCCUGCCCCUGGCCACGGGAACCAGCAGCUGAGCAGCUGCUGACAACUCUGCGCCCCCUUGAGCUGGCCUGGGCAGAGGCCAGGAGGAGCGCCACCAGCUGGCCCACCCCUCCGGUCUCUGAUCCUCCCAGGUCAGUGCCUUGGAAUCCUGCUGUACCCACGGACUUUAGUUUUGCAGCUCUGGGACUGAACCCCGGCACUUGCAUGUUCUCAGCACAUGCUCUAUCCCUGAGCUACUUCCCAACAUUUUUUGAGACAGUCUGAGUAAAUACCCAAGAUAGCCUCAACAUGAGAUGCUCCUGCCUCAGCCUCCUGAACAGCUGGGAUUACAGGCAUGUGUCAAAUAGGGACAUUUAAUAAACAAUAGCAACAUCAGCAAGGAGGCCACACUCUUGUCUCAACAGCCAAUAUCAUGAUCUGAGGUCACUAAAGGAAUUGCCAUGCUGGUCCAUGUGACUUUCGGAGAUGACUGUCAACCCCCCAAAGUGUAGAAUCCAGGGGUGCAAGAUUCAGGCUGGGCUUUGGGCUGGCUGAGCUCACUGCUCCUGGCCCUGCUGGGUGCCCACCGGCCGAAACACGACGAGCAUUUUAAGUCAGCCAAGCCCACUGUGGACCUGAGGGCGAGGUUCACUGGCCCCAAGGCCGUGUCCAAGCCUAGAGUGCAGCAGGAGCCACUUGGAGCCCAUCCCAGCGCCAGGGGCAGGAGGUAGCGGCUCCUUCCCACAGGGAAGCCAUAGGGACACACGUGGGGC